GAAUGCGGGGAGGAGAGAGGAGGCGAGAGCCAAUGACAGCCCGUGACCUCUCCUCGUCCCUCCGGGGCCGGCCUGCGAGACUACAGCUCCCAGCGUGCCCUGCGAGCCACGCACCGGCGUCUGAUGAGGGCACCGAGAGGUGCAAUAAUGCAGGUGUGCUGGCUAGUGAGGAAAGAUAAAUGCUGUCAGCGAAUCAAACUGCCACACUUAAAAACAGUAGUGAUAGGGCGUGGCCCAGAGACGGAGAUAACAGACAAGAAGUGUUCACGGCAACAAGGGAGAAGAAUAUUAGCAACACCUGUUGACACAACUUUAAUACAGAAAUCUGGGAUUUCAGAAAAUGUGAACUCAAAACAAGUGCAGCUAAAAGCGGACUGUAAUAAAGGGUAUGUCAAGAUCAAACAGAUGGGAGUUAACCCAGCCAGUGUUGAUUUAGUGGAUAUUGGGAAGGAUGAAGAAGUGAAGCUGAAGCCAGGACAGGUUCUACAUCUUGUGAAUAAACUUUACCCCUAUACUAUACAAUUCUUGGAAGUCACAGGGGUGUCUGGCGCACGAGCAGAAGGGAAGACAAAAGCAAACAAGAGGCCAUACAUAGACUCUGGGAAUAGUAACAUGGAAAACAUGUCUGAAAAAAGUAUGAAAAUGGAGCAACCAGACUUGCAAGAUGGUAGUUCAAGCUGCAAGCCAAACAAUACCAGCAGUUCUUCCUCCUCUCCCCAUGACAGCUCUUCCAGCCACAAGGAACAUUUAGGACAUUGGAGUCAAGGUCUGAAGAUCUCUAUGCAAGACCCAAAAAUGCAGGUUUAUAAAGAUGAAAGGGUUGUAGUCAUUAAGGAUAAAUAUCCCAAAGCUCGUUACCACUGGCUAAUCUUACCGUGGGACUCCAUCUCCAGUCUAAAAUCAGUAACAAAAGAGCAUCUUGAAUUACUAGAACACAUGCAUGCUGUUGGGGAAAAGCUGAUCCAACAAUGCCUGGAUAAAGAUAGCUUGGAGUUCAGAUUGGGUUACCAUGCAGUUCCCAGCAUGAGUCAAGUACAUCUCCAUGUAAUCAGCCAGGAUUUUGAUUCCCCUUGCCUUAAAAACAAAAAGCACUGGAAUUCUUUUACUACAGAAUACUUCUUAAACUCUCAAGAUGUGAUAGAGAUGGUAGAGACCAAAGGAAAAGUUCUGGUUAAAGAUGGGACUUCUGAGCUCCUCAAGUUGCCCCUCAGAUGUCAUGUGUGCAAGCAACACCAGUCCACCAUCCCACAGCUAAAGGAACAUCUCAAGAAACAUUGGCCAAAGUAACUGUAAAAAUCACUCUGAAAUCUGAUCAGUCUAAGGCUAAAAACAGUCCCCCAAAACUUUUUGUCAAGUUGCAUAGACUUUUGUUUUAGCUGAAUUACAAAUUCAACACUCGAAAGGUUCCUCGCUAGUACAAACAGCAUACGACUGACACUUUUGUAACAACUUUUCAGAAGACAAAUAAAGCAGCCUCAAGAUCA